AUGGUUUCGCAAGCCCUACUCCCGGCCGAUCAGGCCAAGAAUUCGGCUUUUUACGGAAUACUCCAUCGCAACUCCAAUAAAUCACAAGGCGGCUUCCAUGCCAUGAUGAACAAGGAUAAUUUGGCCCAUGUUGCUGCGGUGGAAGAAUACUUCCAGCAUUGGGACGGCAAGGCUGCCGAGAACGAAACCGAUGCUGUCAGGCAGGCUCGCACAGAUGACUACGCCAGUUUGACCAGACAAUACUACAACCUGGCUACUGACCUGUACGAGUACGCGUGGGGCGAGUCCUUUCACUUCUGCCGAUUCGCUUUCAGAGAGCCGUUUAGCCAGGCCAUAGCUCGACAUGAACACUACCUUGCCAGUCAGAUAGGCAUCAAGAGCGGAAUGAAGGUCCUGGAUGUGGGCUGUGGUGUGGGCGGCCCUGCGCGUGAGAUGGUCAAGUUCACGGGCUGUCACGUCACGGGCCUCAACCUCAAUGAGUACCAAGUGCAGCGUGCGCGAAACUAUGCCGUCAGAGAAGGGCUUGAAAACAAGCUCGAAUUUGUACAGGGCGAUUUCAUGAGCAUCCCGUUCCCGGACAACUCGUUCGAUGCCGUCUACGUUCUUGAAGCGACAUGCCACGCCCCAUCCCUACAAGGCGUGUAUAGCGCGAUCUUUCGCGUUUUGAAACCUGGCGGGGUGUUUGGAGUCUACGAAUGGCUCAUGACCGAUGCAUACAACAAUGACGAUCUAGCCCAUCGGCGAGUCCGACUUGACAUUGAGCAGGGUGACGGCAUCGCCCAGCUGUUCAAGAUCUCAGAAGGUAUCGCCGCCUUCAAAAACGCCGGCUUUGAGAUGCAGGCCAACCACGACCUCGCUGCCGACGACGACGGGCCAGCGCCUUGGUACUGGCGCCUGGGCAGCGAUUUGAGAUACGCGCAGACUGUGUGGGAUGCCCUCACGGUUCUGAGGAUGAACUGGGGAAGAGAAGCCGCGCACGCCUUCUUCGGCUUGCUGGAAGUUAAGCCUGCAUCGCGGUUAGUCCCCCAGAUCCGACGGGACGGCCUGAGCCGCUGUCCGGGAGGUAUUGCAUAA